AUGCCCAAACAAAAGUCGUCAGCAACCUCUGCGACGCGUAAGAAGCAUGCAAGAAAAGCUGCUGCGGGUCAUAACGAGGAAUCGAGCGGCAAUCCUCCAUCAAAGGGUAAAGGCGCUCAGAAUUCGGGUGGCAAGGGGAAGGGGAAGAAGAAGAAUGAACCACGAGUAAAAAUGUAUAUUCCACCUGUUAAACCACAGGCUCUCCAGCGCGAUCCGAUCGAUGUGUUGGGUUUAGCAAGCAGCUUGCCGCCAGACCUCUUGGUCAAUGUCUUUAGAAAGUUGACCAAGAAGGACAUUAUUACUCGUCAGCGUGCCUUGGAAGAAUUCAAAGUCAACUGGGUCGAUAAAUGCAAAGACGGCGGCGAUGACGACGGUUCGUCGCUCGCAGUGUUGGAGAUUGCUCAGCCGGCAUGGAAUUAUCACUUUCCCGCGUUGACGCUCAAUCCCUCGAGGCGUAUCCGGCUUCAGGCAGCAACUAUUCAAGCCACCCUUUUGGACAUACCAAGUCUACAGGAGAGUGCACUCGAAUCUUCAGGACACUCUCCAGAUCAAGAGUACUAUGUCGGCGCAUGGAUGCUUAGCGGCUUUGACGCUGAUCGGCAAGUUGCAUCGACUGCUCGUCAAACCUGGACAAAGUUUGUCGAAUAUCAAUCUAACCACGCAAAAGAUGCAUUCAACGCAUUCGUGGAGGAGCAUCUCGUGUCGUUCAUUCAGACUGCAAUCAUGCAUCCCGAGAGCGUCUACAAUCACUUCUAUCCCGUAGUUGCAAAGCAAGAGGUCACUUCGGAAAAAACUCGAGAUUUGGCCUCUGCUAGUGCUAUUGAUGGAGAAGAGGAAAGUCAAAGCGAUCGUAACGGAAGAAUUCGCGUCUCGGCUUUAGGCGCGUUAAGCUGGUUACUCGAGUCUGGUAUCGGAAAAUUUGACGGUCUAAAUGCCCUACUUGCCGAUGUCAUGUUUUGGUCGAUCCUAUACCCCGGUACUCGACCACCCUUUUUCGAAGAGUCGAUGGUCGAUGUCGAGGCGUUGGGCGUAAACCAAACUGCUGUACGUCGUGCUGGCUGGAGUCUCGUCCAAACACUUGCAAAGACCCGAAUGGGAGCUUCUGUGAUGUGUGCAGCUGUUCUGCGGUCCAUAUGGAUCGAACCAGACGCUGGGGUUCGGAUAGCAGCGCGGGAUGGGUUACUACUUCUCUUAUCUGUCAUGCCUGACGCUUGGAAUGCCGCUAUCGAGGACGACAGUGAGAGUGAGGAUGAGAGCGAGCCCGACGAACCCAAUGUUGCCUAUCAAGAGUUUCUCCAGUUCCUUAGGCUUGGCUGUGGUGGUACCUGUGUACAAUUCUAUCCAGCAAUCCCCGUCAUUAUCUCUAAACUACCUCAUCCGCUAUUCCCACUGUCUCAACUAGCAGCCGAAGAGCUCCUUGACGCGUUCUGGGCAGCACUCGACGGACGGGCAUUGACGGUACUCGAGAAAGGCAACGCUCCCGUCAGCGCCUUCGUUUCAGCGGUCUGCGAAACUAUCAUCAUCCUCAUGAAGAGGUUUGAUCGUGACAAUCUCGUGGAACUGUCAGAGGUUUUUGCAAGAGAGCAAGUUGACCGGCUCUGGGACUCCUUUAUCUCGAACAAGCUCCAACUCCGAUCAGAAGAUUUCGGUCACAGUGUCGGCAAGAUGCUUUCUCGACUUCGAGGAAUUAAACCAGGUGGACAUCAUCUCCUCGAGUCGUUCACACUCACUCAUUCCAUCUUAGACUUGUAUUUGACUACAUGGGAGGGAAUCCAAAAAUCAACGCUUACCAUCUUCUCCAAUGAAGAGCUUUCCGCCGCCAGCAAGGUCGAUUUCCCCGGCCUAUGGAAGUCGUUGGGCUCUGAACUCCCAGACGAGAAAGAGCUCGACAGUCUUUUGGGUAACUUACUAUCUCAAUCCCUCAGUUUCAUUCUACGACCUCAAGGGCAAACCCCGCGCAUUCAUCUCGAGAAUGUCCUAUUCCUUCUUAAACGAGAAUCUAAAGAUGGGCCGAUCAAACAGCGUUUACUGGAACUCUUAUGCGAUAACUUGGCGCCAAUCUCGAAGAAAUUGAGCCCAUCAGAACUUAGCCAAUUCAUCUCAGCUGCACUUGAAUAUCUCAAAGGCGACGCUGAGCAACAAUCUAGUCUAUGGGCCAAUUUCCUCGACAUUGUUUUGCAGAUGGAUGACUUUGGCAGACAAACGGAUGUUUUGCAAAGCGUUCUGUCAACUUCCCAAGGCGUUCAAGCUCCCUUUACGUUAGAGAGGGGACUCGGGCCUGUAUUCAAGUAUCGUAUGGAAAACGUGGAGAACCCCGAGGAUCCUAUUCUGUUCGGGCUUGUGGAUAAACAUGAGCUCUUCCUUACGACCAAAGAUCUCCAAACUUGUGCCCAAUCUGCUUGCACGUUGGUUACCGAGACCUCGAAUGCCGUGCUUCGAGGCAAAGAACACGUGUCCGAGGAGCGAAUCCUUCAAAGUCUACGCCUUUUCGAGUCAAUAUCCAAAGCAUUACCGGAUGUUGCCGCAGAGUUGCUGAUGACGCUCGCUGCUCCGCUUUACGUGCUCGAUUAUAUUCUGCCACUUGUCACCGAAGAGUCGUCAACGGUCGACUCGAUCGUGGACGUCUGCGAGCGAAUUCUAGAUACCUUCAGAGUGGAGUCUACAAAGGUGGUGAUACCGGAGUUCCAGAAUUGGGUAUUGAAUACCGAAGUAGUCGUUGGAAUUGAAGAUCUGAUGACGGCAGCAAUGUAUAUUGCAAAUCACGACGCGACCUGGAUCGUCAACAAUCUCCUGCCGUCUACUUCAACGCUUGACGCUAUGUUCUUGGAGGACAUAGCUUACAGCCCUCACCCCAUCAUAGCAGCGACAGAUAACCUGGUCCCAGAAGAAGAAUCUUCGCCGGGAUCCUCAAAAGCGACUAUUUCUACAUAUACUCGGGUCGCGUGGGGACUUGCUAUCGCUGCAAUCUCAGACAGACAGCUUGCUAAACACAAUAGCUGGGUCCUCAAACACAUGCUUCUCCUACAGCAAUUGGCGGAAGAUCGAUUGCUAACGAGCGGAGCAGGUGGACCAGACACUUUUGGCAAAGACGUUUCAGAUGACAGUAUUCGUACUUUGAUCAAUACCGUGCAGAAAGUGACCGCCUAUCUCUUCUCUGGCAUCUCCUCUACCGACAUAUCGCAUGCUGCAGUGGUGGAGACUCUCAAGACGGAUAAUCCUAUAGCAGAUCCGAUUCUUGCAGUCAUCGUUGAACUGUGUCGAAUCGGAAUGAGACAAGAUGGCGUCAUGGUGGCUAGGUUAGUUAGAGGUGUCCUUGCACAACUCCUCAGAGGCGCUUCCAAGGCCGACGCUGAUACAUGGAUCACGUUCGCAAGAACGGCAAGGAGGACGGCGCCUUACACGGCAGAAGCCAUCUUCAAUGCCGUUGUAUCCACGGGUGUCGAGACGCCGCUACUUAACCGCCUGCGUAAUGAAGCCGCGAGCGACCUUAUUGGUAUUUCAUCUUCGAAAGCCAACACUGAGGGUGCUCGGCAGCUGCGCCUCCUCCUGCUCCUCGCCCCACCGUUGGAUUCAGACGCUGUAUUUUUGCCGACGCAACGUGCGAUCAACUUGGUACAGGCAAUUGAAAAAUGGAUAACCAGCGACGAGAGUGAUGACGAUGAUGAAGGGGUAGAUCCUAUUGUGGAGAGCCGUACACUUGCGCUUUUCCAGCAGCUUGCACCGAUCCUGCAGAGCUUGUCUGGACGACACUGGGAGUUUGCCUUUGACGUGGUGGAGAGUACUCUAGAGGACGCGAGUCUGAGUGACCUGGAUAUGUUCGUUCAAAUAUCCAGGGCGCUCGAUUUAAUCAUUGUCAUCCAAGGCCUCGUAGUGACGAAUAAGCAGCUCAAGGCGACCUGGCUAGGUAGAAGAGUAGCCAUUCUGAAGCUCGUACGCACUCUAUUGGUUUCUACAGAGAGUCAUCAGCUAUCGAGCGCACUCUCACUUCUCUACCGCAAUCGUGCAGUCGCUAUACUGCAAGAAUCUGCCGACGACGUCUUAGAGGCACAUGACUUUGGCAAGAUGAUCUAUCUCUUGCGUGCGCCACAUUUGGAAACCCAAAGGGAUGCGUAUAGCUUGGUGCGCAGUGCCGCAUUCAAGUACACGGAGGAGUUGAUCAUGGAAGUUGGGCUGAAUACCUCAGCCACGGAGAUGGAGAUACAACUACCACAAGAGCUGAUAGCGUUACUUCGAUUAGAUGAUCUGGACGUCACGGGAUAUUUGCUGAGUUGGAUGGCGGUAUUUGAUGCGUUUGAGAAUACGUCUCUCCGCGUUCGUGCCGGAUACGUAGAGCACCUGCGCAACGAGGAGCUAAUCACGAAAUCUUUCAUUCCAUUGGUUUGCCGCUUACUCGAUAUUGGCGCCUCUGGACGAAAGCCCCGUAAGUUGGACCUAUGGGAGGUGGAUGUCUUCUACGUAUCGCUUUAUGAGCCGGAGAAUCUCCACGUAUUGGCGGCUCAUGCGUACUAUCGAGCACUGCAGGCCAUACCAUCACUCAUACGCACCUGGUGGAUGGACUGCAAAGAUCGACAGCUCUCUACGGCCUUUGCGACAUUCACCUCGACUUAUUUUUCGCCGGUGCUCAUUUCGGCUGAGCUCGAUACCGUCCGUCAAUCGGCUGCCGCCGCUUUGGACGAAAAUCGUGCAGGAAAGAGUAAACGAGCGCAAUUGGAAGAUGAGAAUGUCAGCAUCAAAGUGGCCAGCGCAAUCGGCGAGGUGGGCUUGGUGUAUACGAUUGAUGAGCAAAAGAUGGAAAUGGCCGUCCGCUUGCCGGCGGAAUAUCCACUCAAAAGCGUCGAGGUGCGGGACGUCAAGCGAGUUGGGGUGGCAGAGAAUAAAUGGAGGGGUUGGUUGUUUGCUGUACAACAGAUUGUGGGCGCGCAGAAUGGUCACAUAGCAGAUGCGCUCGAGGUCUUCAAGAAGAACGUUUCACUACAUUUCGAAGGCCAGGUUGAAUGUGCCAUCUGCUAUUCGUCCGAUAAUAAGCGUCACAGACCUGCAGCUGCCCACGAAGCCGUGCAAGACGUGCAAGAAUCGGUUUCAUGCAAGUUGCUUGUACAAGUGGUUCAAAUCAAGCAGUUCAUCGUCGUGUCCGCUUUGCCGCUCGGACAUUUUCUGAAGACCAUGUUCUCCUUCUCCUUCUUGCCCCUCCUCGCACUUGCAUCGGGCGCGCUUGCAGCCCCAGCUCCUCAGGGCCCUCCAGGAUUCCCGAUUGGUGGCACGCCCGGAGGUGGACGUGUGAUUCCGGGGUUCGGCGCUGCGGCCUUUUCCCCUUUCAUGAACGUUGUUGGCUGCCCAGUCUCGUCGGCCGUUCUCUCGCUCCCCACGAACCAAACAGCGCUUGCUGUACCCGAUGGAACAAAGCCUGUUGCCAUUGUAUUGGGUAUCGGCACACAGAAUUACACUUGCACGGCCGCGGGCAACUAUACGUCGGCAGGUGCAGUCGCAACAUUGUUUGAUGUGUCGUGCUUGUACAAGACGCCUCUCUUCCCGCGCAUCCAAGACGACAUCAUGCGUCUACCAGCCAACAAACGCGACGCUCUCGUGAAGGCCAUGAAGCCCACCCCUUUGCAUACGGGCGAUCAUUACUUCAUCACAAACCCCAUUACCGGUACGGGAAUCUCCCCAAAAUUCGCCCAAGCGGCCAAUGGUGGCGCCAUCUUCACCACAGUGGCAAAGAAGGGCGGGGUCAAGAGCCCCUCUGGCGCACAACAUAUCGAUUGGCUCCAGUUGACGAGCGUUCAAGGUGACUGGGCCUCGACAGUCUUCCGAGUGGAUACUGUCCAAGGCCAAUCGCCCGCGACCUGCGCAAAGGCUGGUGACACGGUCCAGAUCAUGGAGCGCAAGGCUCGUGAUACGGUUCAGGUACCAUAUGCUGCAAAACGCCGGUUCUACAAGUUGGUGGAAUUACUACGACGUUCAGAAGGAUUUGGAAAGCCGAGCAGCGGUCCUGGCCCGAUCCUUCCGAGUUCCUCGUGCUUGAAUCGUCAAGGCAAGACACGACUGUCGAAAUGGUACGCACCGUUUGAUGACGACGAAAAGGCCAAUUAUAUUGCAUUUGUGACGACCCAACUGAAGCUCAGAAUACGCGGGGAAGUUCACCGUCUGAUCGCACCACGGGACCAGAAGCAUCAAUCCAACUUUGUAGAGUAUCGCAACUACAAGGUUGUCUAUAGACGCUAUGCUGGCCUGUUCUUCUGUUUGUGCGUCGACUCGAACGAUAACGAGCUUGCGUACCUCGAAGCUAUUCAUCUCUUCGUCGAGGUUCUUGACUCCUUCUUCGAAAACGUAUGCGAGCUCGACCUCGUCUUCAACUUUUACAAGGUCUACGCUAUACUCGACGAAGUCUUCCUUGCAGGCGAGAUCGAAGAGACGAGCAAAGAAGUUGUACUAGCGAGGUUGGAGGAGCUUGAGAAGCUAGAAUAG